AUCGUUUAUGCGAGCCUGUUCUAAACGCUGAGGCGGGAAAUCAACACUUGUUUACUUUUUGUGUGGAAGCCGAAAGCGCGUUUGCAAAGAAAUUCAACUUCUAUUCAUUGUCCUUCUGGUUUCCUUUGAUCUUUUUAACAAUGGCAGAACGUCCAGAGGAUCUCAACCUACCAAACGCAGUCAUUACACGUAUCAUAAAGGACUCUUUGCCAGAUGGUGUGGCUGUGGCUAAAGAGGCUCGUAGUGCCAUUGCAAAGGCAGCGUCAGUUUUCGUCUUGUAUACCACAUCAACAGCAAACAGUUUAGCGCAGAAAAAUAAAAAGAAGACUGUCAGUGCACAAGAUGUCUUUAAUGCUAUGAAAGAAAUGGAGUUUGAAAAAUUUAUAGAGCCUUUGCAAGAAAGUUUAGAAGUCCACAGAAAGUCUCCUCCAGACAUGCCAGAGGAAGAAUCCUCAGAGCUCUUAGGGAGAAUCAAGAAGCUGAAAAGAAACAAAGGAAAAAUAAAGCUAAACCUUGGGAAGAAAAUGAAGAGAAGAAAGCGUGCUGCAUGAGCGAAAGGUCCUUAGAGAGAAAAAAAUCUGAAGGUAUAUUAGAGGCAGUACUUUCAGCCUUUGCCCUUUAUUGCGGUAAUGAACUGUGCUAAUAUGUGACUUUUGUUAUUCGGGUUGUGUGUCUUCUGUGAUAAAGACUGCACAGUAACUAAAAUUAGAUCGUAUGCUUCAUAUGUUUACACAGGUUGAGGAAGCCUAAAUACUGUGACUCAGUAAUGCAUUUAAUACUCUUUGUAUGUCGAAGUUGUAACUUUUGUGGUAAACAAAGGGCUUUUAAAUAAAAUGACAUUUAUAUGCAA